AUGUCAACAAGCAAGUCAAGCUGGCUUGAUUCUUAUCGAUUGCAGAUCACAGACAAUAUAGAGGCUCGUGCACAGUGGCACGUCCCAGAGAAUGCUCGAAACCCCCUUCGUCAACCGCCAGCAAACUACAAAGUCACUGCUAGCAGCAGUGGCGACGCUAGCGAUAACAACACCGACAGUAACGACGACGAGGGCGAAGCAGAUAGCGAAGCAGAUAGCGAUGAUGAUGAUGCCAGCAGCACACCUCAGAAACCCGUAGCCAAGAGACUCAAGACCAACCCUCCCCCCGAACCACUGGCGUCCACAACAUCCUCAUCUAAGAAGCCUGUAACCAAGAAUUUUGCGAAGUCGAUACCGUCUUGGAGCGACGAUGGGCAGGCUGUGGACGCCUUGGAUCAAGUAGCUCAAGAGAUCAAACAGCUCAGCGGCAAUCUGGGGAACCUCCGCGUGCAAGUGGCCGGUUCCUGUGGCCAAAAUCACGUUCUCGCGCAGCAGUUGCACACGCUGCAGACCCAAUCAACCGAAGAUGCGAAGGUGGCAAAGCUUGCGACCGAGGUGGCUGGAAGAACAGCACAUAUGGCAGCGGACAAGACGUCGGAAAAACUGCGUAUACAAGAAGCCGAGAACCAACGAUUGCGCGAAAAGGUUCUCGAGUCUAACACCAGUCGGAAAUACGAGUUUUCGAUCAAGCAAAUCCAGGAAGUGCAGAUCGUCGAGCUGAAGAGCACCAUUGCGGACAUGCAGAAGGCCGAGAAAGCGCGCGAACAAGAGGCCAGUCGGGAUUACAGGGCCAAGGUUGACGAUAUGAACACACUGCAGAAUGCACACGCCCUAGAAGCCGAGCAGCAUCUUGAUACUGUCAGGGAGAAUGCCCAAGAGAUUUAUGGCCUCAAGUUGGAGGUCACUAUGAUCGACUUCUACAAGCAAGCUGCCGCUUCCGAAAAGAAGUACGCAAAGACCCUGAAAGAUGCGCUACAAGACCAAACCGACCACGUUGCCACUCAGAAAGACGCUGUGAAGAAGCUGGAGGCAGAAAUUCUCGCCAAAGACCAGAAGAUUAAGGAAUGUAUGGAGGUUGAGGCAAGGCUGUCAGAGGAAUUGCAGAAGGAGAAAAAAGCUGCAAUGAGCGAUGUGCUAUACCAUCUGAACGACUACCAAGGUGAGGACCUUCCUACCGAUAUGAACACAUACCUACUUCUUUCCUACAUUAGAUAUUUGUUUUGUUGCUUUUUUGCGUACUUAGAUAAAUCUUAG